UCUGCUAAAUGUCAGUAAUUUUCACCAAAAGGAGUACAUUUUCUGUUAUCGUCACCCAAAUAGAAAAGCGAUGUACUUACCGAAGGUUAAAUACCUUCAGCGUACCUUUCGGGGAGUUCUGAGCCUUGCUAGCCACCAACACCAGGUAAACUCGAGAAACCUUCCCACCAGACUGUCGCAUUCCAGCUGUCAAACAGACGCUGAGUUCGACGCCCGCUACGAAGCAUAUUUCAAUCGACCAGAUAUCGAUUGCUGGGAGGCACGAAAGGCAAUGAACGAACUGUUCGGAUAUGAUCUUGUGCCGGAACCGAAGAUUAUCGUGGCAGCACUGAGAGCAUGUCGCCGAUUGAACGAUUAUGCACUGGCGAUCCGAUUUCUGGAGGCGGUUAAAAAUCGAUGCGGUAACAAAGUACAGGAAAUCUACCCCUAUUUGCUACAGGAAAUUCGCCCGACUCUUUGCGAUUUAGGCAUCGAAACACCAGAAGAACUGGGCUACGAUAAACCGGAGUUAGCACUGAAGACGGUUUACGAUAUGGAAGAAUGGUAAUGUUGUUAUACAUUGGAUAGAGUUUACUUGUAAUAAAUA